AUGACCAACGAUAUCGCAGAGAUUCUCAGCGGCAACUUCAAGAGCUUGAUGUUGCAAAAGAACCCAAGUGAAUCAGGCAGACAGACUACCAGCCGAUCGGGCCGUUCCCUCGAAGAUUCAGCAUCCAUACAAUGCCCACUAGACCAGCUUUUCAGACGGUCACUUCAGUCUGUCCUCAACUCCCAGCGGGCCCUCGAUCGUAUCGAUCAAUCUCAUCCAUUCUUCACCAAAGUCGAAAGAAUCUGCCAGGAAAAUAAAUGGCCAGAGCACCGAUUUGAAAACUUUCGAAGACUGAUGUGCGGCGUUCGAAAUUUCCCGUGUAUCUUGCUCCAGAAUCCAAAGAAUGACCAUCUUGAAUACAAUGAGAUGAUUAGCAAAACGAAAACUCUAUGUUGGAUUCAAGACACCCUCAAAGAAAUCGGACUUGAACUAGACGACAUCAUAAUCAUCGAUCUAUUCCCUCUGUUGACCGACGAAUGGCUAGAUCAGCACCCCAACGAGCGAGCAAAAUAUAUCAAAGAUAUGUUCCAGCUGACACUUGAUUUUAUUCAAGAGUUCAAACCACCAAUAAUCCUCUCUUGUCAAUGCUGGAAACCUACCGAGAAUGUACGCUGGGGUCAGUUCAAACACAAUGAUACUGAGAAGCUACGCUCAUCGAUGGCCGGUGCUAAGAUGCAAAGGGUAUCUGGGGCUUACUUUGGAGCCCAUUUUACAUAUGUCGUUCACGGGUUCCAUCCCGCCAAGUGGGGCUGGGUUAGGAAAGAAGAGAGAAUCGCGUUGAAGGUCACCCUGCGUCUGAUAUUUCAUUCGUUAUUCAACCCGUGUGCGACCUGGCAGAUGGACUACAAACAGGCUUUAGAGUCAAAGCACACGGACAAGAUACACUCUAUCAAAUUGGUGAUAUACACUCGUCGUCAAACGGGAACUGAGUAUGAGAAGAUCCGCGAGGAAGGGCUUGCUCUUGGUACGUUUAAGUAUCACCAAGGCUCAAUCAGUCCCGAAACAUGGGUUGCUUUGAAGAACGCACUUGAUGCGAUCAUUGGAGACAUUUCUCGCAAUUCCAAGGAGCCUUUGUGA